ACGCAGCGGGAAUCAUGGGAAUUGCGUUCGCUGUUUGGAAAACCGGAAGUGGAGGGAGAUUCGAAAAACAGCGGAAUAAACAGAGGCGGAAUGCGUUUAUUGAAGUCAUGGCAUGAUGCUGGAUGCUGUAGAAUACAGGCCGACUGGAAGUCCUCUGAAACUCACCAUCGGUGCCAAGAAUGGAAGUGAAGUUGGAGGUUUUGUUGUCAUCCAGCAUCAAGCGCAGAAAGCCAUGGCCCAGAUUCUGCUGGCUGGGCCGGGAAAAGGAGGGUGUGUUUCUGUUAGAUGACAGUCGGAUCAGCGAAAUACAUUUGGUUUCGGGACGGACUAAAAAGAAGACCCCAAAACUCCAGCCGCUGUUGCAGAGGGUGGUGACCAUGUCAGCGUCUCAGGAUGGCGUGUGGCUGGUGGGUCUUCUGGUCUCUGGAGAACUUUUCCUGUGGAACAAAGACAAGGAUUCGCUGAAGACGGUCUCGGCUGUUCCCGAGGUUCAUCAGCUGGUUUCUUCCAUCAAAGGUUCAGCGACUGCAAUGCGGCUUUCUCUGCUGGUUUCGGAGAACGCACAGAGAGUUUUCCUGGCCGCUCUCACAGGACAGGUGUUCCUCUGGGAAUGUUCUUCUCGUCAGAAUCUGAGCGGCCCGCGGGACACCACAGUCCCGGGACGCUGGAGUCAGAUAUCAGACCACGAAAACAUUCAGCUGCCCUCCACAACAGACAAAGAGGCUUCCGUUCAUAGUGUGUUUGUGAAGAACCAGGCAGUUGGUGACGCGUGUCUGAGCGCAUUUGUCUUCAUUGCUGAAGCGCAGCUCAUCGUCACCUUUCUGAAGAUCCAGUGGGACUCGACGUGGGACAACAAACUCAGCUCAGCAGGUUUCAGUGUUGGCUGGGUCUCUCAGUCGUACCCGCUCAACCAGCUCCUGCCUCCGUGUAAACCGCUGAAGUCCAGAGGCGCUCUGAUCCCAGCAUUCUCUCCAGACGGUCGACUACUCGCCGUCGUCCUCAACCAGAAAGACCCGCAGGCGACGCAGGUGUUGUUCAUCAGCACUCAGAACUUUGUGACCGUGUCCAGUCUGUUAGGAGGGUGUGGCGUUAAGACGCUCAGUAUACCAGCUAAAUACGUGAGGUCGUACUGGGCCGGUUCUGUGAGCUGGACUCCAGAAGGGCUUUAUCUGGCCUGUGUGCUGAAGAGAGGCUCUCUGCUCAUGCUGGCGCGUCUCGGUGGACUCGUGUCUCUGUCCACAACAGGAUGCAGCGUUGAGUUCAGUGCCGCCCACUUCCUGCCGCUUCACCCGCUGGUCACUUACAGACCUCCAGUGCCUUUGCAGACGCAGGACGGUGGCGUCUCCAGCUCCAGCGUGUCGCUCCGUGACCCCAUGAGACAGCGCUACUCCGUCACGUGGCAUCCUCACCAGCCGCUCCUCAUCGUGUCCGACGGCUACAUGGUGACUAUGCUCAGGAUGAGCGAGCGGCCGUCUGCUGCCGCCGUGAUGAGCGCCGCCCUGCUGGACGCUGCGCAGGGACUGGAGCACAUACAGAGUGUCCUGGGCUCGUCUCAGCCUCAGUUCAGGUCCAGGCUGGAGUCCAUUCCCACUCUGACGUUCACAGGAAGUCUUCAGCCUCUUAAAGAGAAAGAAACGCCGCUGUCUGCUCUACCUCUGUACCUGCAGGAUACAGCAGACCUCACACAAUAUACUGAGAGAACUCAGGAUGAGGAAGACCAUGAUUCUGAUGAAGGUCCAUAUACCUGCUCACGCACAGAAGACGGAGGCAAGCUGGAGUUUGCGUCUAUGUUUGACACUCUUCACGCUCAGACACAGUCACACCCAGAGCCGUCGUCCUCGGGUCUGCAGGAGGAUCUGGACAGGGUUCACAGGAGCCUCACGAGAGCCUGGGCUCUGGGCGUUUCUCUGGGUGGCUCCGUCCAGCAGAGAGAGCGUCUCCUCAGGUACACCUUGCUCUGUGUCUCUCGCCUCGUGAACCUCCUCCGGGUCAGAGACUCCGCCGGCAGGAAGAGCAGGAGCGCGUGGGUCACUCACGCCCUUCACACCCUCGGGACGCUGCUGUCCUUUCUCCCGUGGGACGCCGAACGCACCGCAGGCCGCGGCUGUCUGGGCAUCACUGUAGAGCUCACUAGAUGUUUCGUGGACAUGUUUCUCCCGCUUUCCUCCUCCGAUUUAACACUUUCCUCCCAGAACUUCAGCGCAGCGCUCGUCGUCCUUCGGCGAGCGUCUCAGAGUGUGGAUCGGACCUACAGCCUCCCGCCGAGAGCAGUGCAUCAUGGGGAGCUGACAUAUUCCUCUGACAUGUUUUCUGUCCCAAUGUUACAAGACUACGUUGAUGCUGAUGCUGAUGCCGAGACAGGAGCACAAACAGCACCUUCUAACAGAUUGGUGGUUAUCUGGCGUGAGGUGUACAAAAGGGCUGUGCGGUACCGGGAGGAAUUACGUCACCGCAGAGGCAUAAAAAACGAGCUCGAGAAGAUGUCAGUAAUUAUACCUCAAAUCCAGCAAGCUUUACAGUCAGCUGGAGACCGUCUUGAGGAGAGCCACACACUGCGUAGUUUCAGCGGUGAACAGCACUUUAUUUUCGGAGAAUAUACGGAGAGCGUUCAGGGUUGGAGGACUCAGCUGAGGGCAGAGAGACAGAGAGUCGGUCCGAUGACGUGUUACCUGGAGACCCGCUGCUGUCUGGCUCUUCUCUACACGCUGCUCUUCCAGUAUCGACUGCGAGACGCUCAAGGUCUGUGUGACCGUCUGGCACGCCAGUUACAGACGCAAGCAGGACGACAGGAAGAGGAAACGCAAGGAGAGGCUGAUGAGGGUCCGGUGGGGCGUGAAGCGGCCUGCGCUGUGGUUCAGUCUCUGGGCAGGUUUAUGGCUGCGUACUUCACCAACCGGCCGCUCUGCAUUCUCCCGCCACACAACAUCGACGUGCUGCCGCCUCUUCACUUACCACACGACGCUAGUGGACGUGUGGUAGAGUUGUGUCAGACUCGUGUAUCGCUGUCGGUCUGCUCCGAGCAGCUCUCGGCGCUGUGGACGGUGGAUUACGCUCUGGAGCUCCUCCUGCUGGGAGGAUUGAUGCCUGAGGCCUCGUGGAUGGCCCUGCGGCUGGGAGACUGGAAGAUGGCAGCCGCCCUUGGCCUGGCCUACACCAACUACUGCAGUGGACAGUUAGACAUCAGCAGCCUGCGUUGGAGAGAGCUGCAGCUUCCCACCGAGCUGAAGCCUGCAGAGAUAUUCCAGGAUCAGCUGGAGAUGCUACUGGGCCGAAUGGCUGGGUCUGAGGGAGAUGCUAACACAGGCACAGUGGGUGUUGAGGACGUGGAUCUGGUUCAGGUCUCUGUGCAGGAGAUCCUGAAGGCGUCUGUCAUGGCAGAGGUGGACGUCAUCUCUCAGCCUCUAACACGACUUCUGGACACAGCCAAAGAGCGAGCGAUGUCACUUCCUGCUCUGGUUCCUCCUGCGUUCUACCUGCCUGCUCCUCCUCUGUACUGUCCACAGCCUUCACCGAACACACAGGACUCUGUGAGAGAUGCAGCUCUGGUUCUGGAGAGGGAGUCUCGCUGCCAGGUUUCUGGGCUGGUUCAGAAGGUUCUGAUGCUCUUCAGAGCGGCACACAGCUCUUGGCCCGCGGCGCAGUGGUACAUCAGCAACCUGCAUCGCUGCAGACACCUACUGCAUAAGAUCUGGAAGAAAGCGUCUGAACCCAAAGCAGAAUUGGUUCCUGAUGGACUGAGGAAAUUCUCCACUCAUCGUGGGUUUUUCCAAUCAGGGCGUAGCAAAGACAUGGAUAGUGUCACUACGCAAAUCAUAAUAUGUUUCCGUGAGUUGUGUGCACUUUGCUGGAUGCUCCAUGUGAGGGACCAGCUCAGCAUUUCCUGCAGAAGGUACCAGGCUGCAAGGCAACAGGAGAAAGACACUCAGGUCAGUGACGCGAGUGUGUCGGAUCUAUGCGUUGAGGCUCUGUGUUGGGCGCGCCGUCUCGUGCCGUUCUGCCAUUUCCUGAACGCAGAGGAAGCCCUGCAGGACUUGGUGCUCAGCCUGGUGUCUGAACUGCCGCCCAGUCGUGUGACGGCAGAAGCUCUAGCAAAAGUGUUUCCUGAUGAGACUGAGUCUGUUCGCGUGCCGCUGCGGGAUAAGUACACGUCGCUGGUGCAGAGACUGAGACCCAUGAUAGUGCCAGACACCUUGACACCAGAUGUGCCGCCAGGAAGCGAUAGGGAAGAUGAGGGCGGCGAUACCAUGAUGAUUCUGAUCCAGGAUCAACUGAGGCAGCGACGCCGGGAGCUUCGGCGCCUGGCAAAGUACCUGGGCGCACUGGAGCCAUACCUGUGGGAGAGAGAGGAGGAGGAGGACAGGGGAGGUGCUGCCUCCAUACUGAAGCGCCUCUCUCUCGGGACUAGUUUGAGUGACAGCACGCUGACGGACUGUGGGCGCCCCCUAGUGUACAGUGAAGGAGACACGGCCGAGACGCUGUCGGAGCCUCUUUCCCCAGAGCUGCAGACCAAAUCUGCACACAGUUCUAAGACAGCAAAAUUUCUGGAUGCACCUGAGAAAUCAACACAAGAAAGAAAAGGAGAUAAAAGAUCAGGCACAGUGGAACCAAAAGCACCAGACUCGACUGUACCCACAGUGGGAACCUGGGAGUUUGAGCUGGAGGAUGAGGAGUACACGCUCUUUCUAGAUUUGUUCCUCAGCUACAUGCUGGGAAAAGACAGACUGGACGCUGAAGAGUCCGAGCUGCCUUUACUGAGUGCUUUCUCACAACAGCUCCGUACUAGAGAGCUGCACUCGGUGACCUUUGACAUGCUGACCACUCUCAAACGCCGUCAGAAGGAUCGGAAACGAAGUGCGCAGUUACCCCUCUUCCAUGCCGGUCACUGCUUCCAAACUCUCCCGGUUACUCCCAGACCUCCGUCAUCCAUCGGGCCGGUUCAGUCCGACACUCAUUCUACGUCCCCUUGGGCUCUUCCUGGACUCCAUACUGGGAAACAUCAAGGUCUUUUUGCCCUUCGUCGACAUGCUACCUUAAUGUCCAAAGACGUUAAAGUAAAUUCGAUUGGCACAGACGUCGAGUCAACAGGCUUUAAGAUCCUCUCUCAGGCUGAAUUAGAUGUUCAGAUGGAGCUAGACUCCUCUCUCGAGGCCCGGUUUCCUCAGCUGGCCCGGCUGCUGGAGUGGAUGAUGCGCUGGGCCGACAGGCGGGUUCUGCUCUCUCAGCCAAUCAGAAAGACCUCAGAGGGCUCCGGUGAUUCGGUGGUCAUCAGGGUCAACGCCUCGACCCCUGCAGUGCUGACAGCGCUAGAGCUGCUAAAGUGGAGGUACAGCGCCGCCCUGCUGGGAGAAAACUCAAAUCACUCCCAUACUAAGGGGGAGGAGUCUGUCGCUCAGCCAAUCACAGGCUGGAGGCGGGACAGAGAAAGCAGUGUGGACACGGGUUACCCGGGGUCAGCAGGGACGCCCAUCACACUCCCGGAGCUGGAGGUCCAAGAUGCGCAUGAAUCCGAGGAUCAGACGGAUGAUCAGCUGUCUGAACGUGAGGACACCGUGAUCUCUGAUGAACAGAAGAACAUCAGUGAGACCCGAGACAUCAGACCGACAUCUGCAGCUACAGACGAUGAGAGCAGCGCCGCUGAUGUCACCGAGGCAUCAUGGUCCAAUCAGAGCAGAGCUCACAGAAAUCAGGCAUUAACACUGGCUGAUCUACAGCGUCCGGACACAGAGGAACAUUCAUUACAAUCACAAUCGGAGGAAAAACACGUCUCCUGUGCGCCGCUGGACAGACCUGAGCUCGCAGCUUCAGUCGGCGUUCAGCGGAUAGACGCACCGUCAUUACCCAUGAGACCCGGCGCUGAAGCACCUCUCAGUGAACCCCAAACACAGACAGACCCCGUCAGACAGCUGCUCCAGGACGAGCUCUUCAGACUAGUGCAGCUGCAGCAGAUCAACUUCAUGAGUCUCAUGCAGGUUGUUGGAGCGUCUUUCUCAAACCUGCCGCUGUCUCGAGCCAACGUGCUUCCGUCCACUGCGAUACCUGAACAGCACCAGUCUCAGCCCGUCUCUCUUACCCAGAAUGCCCGGCACACUGUGUGUGAUGAUACCAGCCUCCCAACACGAGCCACCGGACCGGAAAGGGUUAACAACACCCAGGAUUUACGUCCUGUGAAUGUGAAUCCACGUAAUGAGAGGGAACAGAGAAACCCAACCCGCAAACCUCAGGAAGUCCAGCAGUUGAGCAUCUGCUCAGACUGGCCGGAGGACGGUCGAUCUCACGGCAGGAGUUUGAUCCCGACGUCUCGGGGGCUUCUGAGCACCGCUGAUAAUCAGGCGUCUCUGCCGGCGUCCUCUGAAGCUCCAGUGACACACGGACUCAGACUCCUGCAGCUGCCUCCUCCUCCCGCUCCUCCAGACCUCACUUCAUCUCAUGCAAACCUCCCCCCCGCUCAGUCUGACUCCCCCUGUGUCCGGAGAGCAGCGUCAGCAUCCGCGGCUCCUCCGUCUCUCCUUCAGACGCGCCGCUGUAGCGCUCCGAUGAGUCGAGGAGCUCAGGGAGCGCUGCGUUUGCCUCCUGCUCCUGCUCUUCCUCUGCUGCGCUUUCACCCAGAUACCCAGCGGCCCGUGACACUGCCUCAUAUCCCACAAUCCACCACGGCAAAACAUCCCAGUCUAGACCACUAUCCCAGAAUUCAGCUGCUGCACAGAGAGCCGGAUCCACCCGCCGCUGUUCAGCGCUUCAGCACGGCUCCGGUACGAACAGCUCGUCUCAUCCCGCUGCAGGAGCUGUUGAGGUGGGCCACUGAGACCAAACUACAGCUCUUAAAGACCGACCCUGUCCCGGAGAACAACAGCACAAGCAGCCCAUCCAUCAAGAGACGGAAGAGGAGAGAGGACAAGAUUGCAGUCACUUUCAGACCAGAGGACUCCAUCAUUCCUCCGGAGGAGCCUGCAGAAGAUGUGCCAGAUCAGAACGACGCUUACACCUUUCCUUUAGGCUGCUUUGACUCCGAGUUGUCGGGACAGCGGUUGUUGGAUAAGGCUUGCGUCACCUCGGCUGAGCUGCAUGCCUUCGCCUCAACGCAGAAGAGAGCUCCUGAAAUCCAGGACGCCUGUACAAACACUGAACCGUCUCGCCCCGUCACAGAUGAAGCCGUUUCCGUCCAGCUUCCUUCAUCUCCCAGCAUGCCAUCUGCUCCUGGAGGAGGGCUGAUAGAUGUUGCUCCUGUCGUUCCUCCAGAUGUUUUCUUGAAUCUUCGCUACUCUAAGGAAACAUCAUUAGAUCCGGAGAACAGAAGCCCUGCGGAGUCUGACGUAGAUCUUAGUCCAGAGGGACGACGGUUCAUCAACGUGAUCGAUCUGACAGACGACUCUCUGCUUCGGAGUCUGCCCUCAUCGGCUCAGCUCCACCUACUAGCGGCGUCUGUUGUAAACCCCGCCCACAAACCUGACUUAAGCCCCGCCCCUAACAUCACUGAGCCCUUCACUGAGAAUCUGGCUGGAGGGAAUCCAGGCCCCUCAGUAGUGUGUUUGUCUCCUGAAGCCGUUCUCGGUGGAGACCCCGUGACGCUGAGCGUCCUGACGGGUGUUAGGUCGCCUCCUCCGCGCGCUCUGGACCGGAUGCUGAUGUCCAGGAGUCAGAUCUCAGCGCGGCUCUCAGAGAUGGACGCUCAGCUGCUCAGACUGCAGAGCAUCGCCGAUCACAUGGACCGAGAGUUCGCCAGCACCAGACUGCUGGUGAACACUAUUGAGACACAGAGUCCUUCAGUGAUGGAGAAGAAACCUCAGUCCAGCUCUCUCAGAGUCAUACAAGAAGUGAGGAGCUACUGUCCUUCACCGCAUCGGUUUGGAGCGAUGACCGACCCAGAGAGAGAAGAUGAGGAGGUUUUGUCUUCUUCUGCAUUGACCCGAAGUUCAGUCUAUCACGAGCGCUUUCCUCCGACAGGUACAUGA